UUUUGACUCUCUUUUAGGCCUAGUGCAUCAAGUCUGGCGAUAUCCACUGAUCAGUGGUGGUAUCCGUGUUCCUGCUGAAUCAAGGGGCAGUUUCACGUUUAUUUAAAAGCAACUGAGGGAUUUAAAAUAGCAAAGGAUAUACAAGAUGCCUCUUUCGUGCAGAUUUUACAAGCAAAUAUACCCAGAAAUUGACGAUGUCGUCAUGGUCAACGUCAGAAGUAUUGCCGAAAUGGGGGCAUAUGUUCACCUGUUGGAAUACAAAAAUAUUGAAGGAAUGAUAUUACUUAGUGAGCUGUCAAGAAGACGUAUACGAUCUAUUAAUAAAUUGAUUAGAGUUGGAAGAAAUGAGUGUGUGGUUGUCAUCCGAGUUGAUAAAGAUAAAGGUUAUAUUGAUUUGUCAAAAAGAAGAGUUUCACCAGAAGAAGUAAAGAAAUGCGAAGAAAAGUUUAACAAAGCAAAAACGGUAAAUAGCAUUCUGAGACACGUUGCUGAAGUGUUGGAGUAUUCUAGUGAUGAGCAAUUAGAAGACCUGUAUGAAAAGACCGCUUGGUAUUUUGAUGAAAAGUAUAAAGCAACUGGAGGUUCAUAUGAAAUAUUCAAACAUGCUGUCAAUGAACCAUCAAUCUUGGAUGACUGUCAGCUUGAUGAAGAGACCAAGGAAGUCCUUCUAACUGACAUCAAUAGGCGUAUGACACCACAGGCCAUUAAAGUUAGAUCUGAUAUUGAAGUUGCUUGCUAUGGGUAUGAGGGAAUUGAUGCUGUAAAAGCAGCAUUAAGAGAAGGACUCAAAUUUUCAACUGAAGAAAUGCCUGUCAAAAUUAAUCUGAUUGCGCCACCUGUCUAUGUUGUGACAACAACAACACUAGAACGUGAGCUUGGUGUAGAGACCAUUAAGAAGGCUAUUAAGGCUAUUGAGGAUUCCAUUAAUGCAAGCAAUGGACAGUUUAAUGUCAAAAUGGAGCCUAAAGUCGUCACAGACACAGACGAAGCUGAAUUCUCGAAGCAGCUAGCGCAGCUUGAGAAAAUGAACGCUGAAGUUGCAGGAGAUGAUAGUGCCGAUGAAAUGCCUAAUGACGAUGAAGACGAACCAGAACAGUAAUCGUGAAUGAGCAGGCAUUGACAAAGAUAUUUAGUAUUAUCAAUAGAUAGUUUUGCUAUCAUUUGCCGAGCGCUAUUAUAUUUACUAAGGCUGCAAAUGUCUAAGUUGGUUUUCUUUAAUGGAAGGUAUGAAAUUAUCAACAACAAGGGUUUUUAUAUCUUCGAUGCAUGCCAAACUCGA